AUGGCCGAACCCGGGAAGAUCACCAUCUCUAUUGACCGCGGCGGGACCUUUACCGAUGUCCAUGCGAUUGUCCCCGGUCGCUCAGACAUUAUCAUCAAGCUUCUGUCUGUCGACCCUGCACACUACCAAGAUGCACCGACUGAAGGCAUUCGGCAGAUCCUUGAGCUUGCAACGGGCGAGCCACAUCCUCGCGGACGGCCGCUGAAGCUUGACCGCAUCGGUUGUCUCCGAAUGGGCACCACCGUGGCAACCAAUGCGUUGCUGGAGCGGAAGGGCGCUCGAUCAGUACUAUUUACGACGAAAGGAUUCCGGGACCUGCUCAAGAUUGGCGACCAGUCUCGCCCAGCCAUCUUCGAUCUCUCUGCAGCACGACCUGGUGUGCUGCCGGAGGGCGUGGUUGAGGUCAAUGAGCGUGUGGUUCCCUGCCAUUCCGCCGCCGACGAGAACUGCUUUUCCGGAGCCCGCAUUGUGGAAGGCAUCACGGGCGAGAAGUUCCGUGUGGUGCAAGAACUGGAUCUUGACCAGGUACGAUCAGACCUCCAGCGCAUAAAGGUGCAAGGCUACCAGUCCCUCUCGGUAGCACUCGUGCACUCCUUUGCUUAUCCCGAGCAUGAGCGCCAGAUCGGAGACCUGGCCGAGCAGAUGGGCUUCUCAGUCACGCUUUCCUCCAAAUUACAGCCAAUGAUCAAGAUUGUGCCUCGUGGCAUGUCGGCGGCAGCCGACGCCUAUCUCACUCCCGUUAUCAAGACUUAUAUCGACUCCAUUUCUGCUAGCUUUGAAGGCGGACUGGAGAAGCAGCAGGAAUGCCGUUUUGAAUUUAUGCAGUCUGAUGGUGGACUGGUGGACUUCCGCAAGUUCAGCGGGUUGAAAGCUAUCCUAUCCGGCCCCGCCGCUGGCGUGGUAGGCUUUGCGGCCACAAGCUGGGAUCCUGUUGAAAAGACGCCCGUGAUCGGCUUUGACAUGGGCGGUACAUCUACAGAUGUUUCACGUUUUGACGGUCACUUGGAGCACGUCUUCGGUUCUAAGGUUGCUGGGGUUCUCAUCCAGUCUCCACAGCUCGAUAUCAACACUGUUGCUGCCGGCGGUGGAUCCAUUCUGACCUGGCGGAACGGUCUCUUCUACGUCGGCCCCGAAUCGGCCAGCGCACAUCCCGGCCCAGCCUGCUAUCGGAAAGGAGGCCCUUUGACUGUGACAGAUGCUAAUCUGUUCCUCGGCCGAUUGCUCCCCGAGUACUUCCCUCAUAUUUUCGGGCCUAAUGAAGAUCAGCCACUGGAUACUGAAAUUACUGCGCAAAAGUUUCAUGACAUGACGCAAAAGAUUAAUGUUGAGCGCCGGCAUCAUUUCCAACCGGAGUACACGGCAGAAGAGGUCGCCCUUGGAUUCCUUAAGGUCGCAGAUGAGUCUAUGGCCCGCCCCAUCCGCAAUUUGACCGAGGCCCGUGGCUUCGAGACUGCUUCUCACCACCUAGCCUGCUUUGGAGGAGCCGGUGGCCAACACGCUUGCUCAGUCGCUGCUUCUCUGGGAAUUUCGCGCAUUAUCAUUCACAAAUACUCCUCGGUCCUGUCGGCGUACGGCCUGGCGCUAGCGGAAGUGGUCAAGGAAUCUCAGGAACCGAUUUCUUCUGACUACCUCUCUUCCCAUUCCAGCCUUCUUCAACGCUUCGACGAUAUGGCUGCUGCUGCAACCAAAGAGAUGCAGGGACAGGGUUUCCCGGCCAAUCAAGUGCGUCAUGAACAAUAUCUGAACAUGCGCUAUGAGGGUUCUGACACCAGUCUGAUGAUAUUGCGAUCCGAGGCUUCGUCAGAUUUCUUGGAUGAGUUCCGCGAGCGUCACCGCCGCGAAUUCAACUUCAACCCGGAGCGACCAAUCCUUGUUGAUGAUAUCCGUGUUCGUACCAUAGCCUCUUCCAAGGUCCGGACCGAGCGCAGCCCCCUGGUCCAAUUGAAGGAUGCCACCAUGAAGGAUGUCACGACCGCACAGGCCAACACGACUGCGGCCUACUUUGACGGUUAUUCCACACGUAUCGACACUCCAGUGUACUUGCUUGCCAAACUAGAGAAGCACAGCCGAAUCGCUGGCCCUGCCGUCAUCAUUGACCAAACUCAGACAAUUGUCGUCGCUCCAAAUGCCGUCGCGAACCUUCUCGAAACCUGCAUCGUUAUUGAUUUGAAGGACAAGCCAACCGUCUCUCCUCCCGAGACCCAAGUGAGCUCCGAGGUCGAUCCUAUCCGGCUUAGUAUCUUUGGUCACCGGUUUAUGUCCAUCGCCGAGCAGAUGGGUCGCACUCUGCAGAAGACAUCCGUGUCGACUAAUAUCAAGGAGCGACUGGACUUCUCCUGCGCUCUCUUUUCUCCCGAUGGUGGACUUGUUGCAAAUGCUCCUCACGUCCCAGUGCAUCUGGGAUCGAUGCAGUUUGCCGUUCGCUACCAGCAUGAGAAGUGGCUAGGAAACCUGAAGGAUGGCGACGUUCUCGUGGCCAACCACCCCAGCUGUGGUGGUACUCACCUGCCUGAUAUCACUGUCAUUACACCCGUCUUUGAUCGGCCGGGUGGCACGGAGAUCAUGUUCUACGUUGCUUCGCGCGGCCAUCACGCUGAUAUUGGUGGUAUCCUACCCGGGUCCAUGCCUCCCAAGUCGACGGAACUCUGGCAAGAGGGUGCCGCUAUCGAGGGUGACAAGAUCGUUAGUAACGGUGUCCUGGAUGAGGAACGUCUGAUCGAAUUACUUGUCACGAAGCCGGCACAGUAUCCUGGCUGUUCUGGUGCCCGCUGCAUUAGUGACAACUUGUCCGAUCUCAAGGCGCAGAUUGCCGCCAACACCCGUGGUAUCACUUUGAUCCAGACUUUGUUCGCCGAGUAUGGCGUGGAGACUGUCCAAAAAUACAUGUAUGCCAUUCAGGCGACUGCCGAGACUGCUGUCCGAAACCUUCUCAAGGGACUAUAUCAGAAGUUUGGCGGACAGCCGCUCGAGGCCGUCGAUUAUAUGGAUGAUGGCACCCCUAUUCGUCUGAAGGUGACGAUCGACGGCUCGAAUGGCUCUGCUGUCUUCGAUUUUGAUGGCACUGGACCCGAGGUGUAUGGCAGCUGGAACGCGCCCAUUGCGAUCACACACUCUGCGAUCAUCUACUGCCUGCGGUGCAUGAUUAAUGCGGAUGUUCCCCUUAACCAAGGAUGCCUGGCUCCGAUUGAUAUCCGGGUUCCUUCACCCAGUAUCUUGUCACCCACCAAAACAGCUGCUGUAGUGGGUGGAAACGUGGUCACCUCGCAGCGCAUCACCGACGUCGUUCUCAAAGCCUUCCAGGCUUGUGCGGCUUCGCAGGGUUGCUGCAACAAUCUGACUUUCGGCACCAAUCCUAAGCUUGAUCCUCAGACCGGAGCCGUCAUCACCCCCGGUUUUGGCUACUAUGAGACCAUUGCUGGUGGUAGCGGAGCUGGUCCAACCUGGAAAGGCGAGUCCGGCGUUCACGUCCAUAUGACCAACACACGGAUCACCGACCCCGAAAUCCUAGAGAAGCGAUACCCAACCCUUCUUCGCCAAUUCACCCUGCGAGAGGGCUCUGGCGGCCGGGGCAAGAACCCGGGCGGCGAAGGAGUGGUGCGCGACAUUGAAUUCCUUGCUCCAAUGCAAGUCUCGAUCCUUUCAGAGCGACGCGUUCAUCGACCUUAUGGCCUAGAAGGAGGUGAACAUGCCGAACCGGGCCUGAACCAGUGGGUCACUCGGGAUGCCGAGACUGGUGAAGAGCGCCAGAUCAACAUCGGAGGCAAGAACACCGUGUCUGUUAAGACACACGACCGGGUAGUCAUUAUGACCGCCGGCGGUGGUGGAUGGGGCGCCCAGGAGGCUGCUACAUGA